AUCACCACCGAAGAAGACUAAACGACAACUGUCAUGGCGUCCACGGCGGCGACCCGAGCGGCGGUUGGCGCUAGCAAAGUUGUUAAACCGAUUUUCAGCCGGGACCUGGACGAGGCCAAGCGCAGGGUCCGGGAGCUGUACCGGGCCUGGUACCGAGAGGUCCCCAACUCAGUGGCGACUUUCCAGCUGGAUAUCACAACCCGUCAGGGCAGGGACAAAGUGAGGGAGAUGUUCGACAAAAACAAGCACGUCACCGACCCCCGUGUGAUCGACAUGCUUGUGAUUAAGGGGAAAAUGGAGCUCCAAGAAACGAUCCAUGUCUGGAAGCAGAAGACUCACAUCAUGCGCUAUUUCCAUGAGACGGAGACACCUCGUCCUACUGACUUUCUGUCUAAAUUUUACAGCGGCCAUGACCCAUGAACUCUGUUCCCUGACCCCUGAUGCUUCUCUGCUGUUGCCCAGUGUGGCACAUGUUCCCCUGAACUGUAAAUACACUUACUACUCUCAGAACCCUGAA